AUGAAAUCCUGGCGCAGCAUCCUCGCGCUGCUCUGCGCCGCAGCGCCGACAGCAGCGCUCAAGAACGUCGUCGUGCUCGGCUCCGGCGACCCCUGGCUCAGCCUCUGCACGGCCAAGACGGCGUCGGCCCGCGGCCUGCCGGCGACCUGCGUGUCCAACAACGAGCCCGAGGCGUUGAAGAUGCUCUGGGGCAAGGGCUUCGACGGCGCGUCGCCCGUCAAGGUCGUCAACGGCCCGGACGCCAUCGGCGAGGCGCUCGCGGACUGCGAGGGCCUCGUGCUCAACGGCGCCGAAUUCGGCGGCCUCACGGACAGGUUCGCCGCUAUCGCUUUGGACAACGGCCCCGCCCUGAAGAAGGUCGCUGUGUGCGUCGAGGCGGGCCAGUCCAAGGACGCGGUGGCCAAGACGCGGUCCAUGUGCGCGGCGCGCGACAUCCCGGUGUCCGUGCUCCGCGUGGGCAAGCUCAAGGGCGGCGGCCCGGGCGAGACCGACGACGGCUCCGACGACCUCGGCCUCUCGCGCCACUUCUACGACACGGACGCCGAUAUUCUCAACUACCAGGCGAACCAGUUCUCUGACUGCUACUGCGCGGGCGUCUCCGCGAAGGCGGGCGACGCGCCCGUGAACUUCUUCCAGAAGAUCGCGGCGAAGCAGUCGCUCGAGCGCGCCGACGGCGUCUCGAACCGCGCCGUCGCCGCGAAGGCGCUCGUCGCCGCGCUCUUCGCCGACGACGUCGUCGACCUCACGCUCAACGUCGAGACGGGCCUGCCCGGUAUCCUCCCGGCGGACGACGCCGCCUGGGCGGCGUUCUUCGCCGACGCGUCCGCGGGCGCCGCGACGAUCACGGCGCCGACGGAGUUGUGCUCGCUCUGGGGGUUGAUCAGCGUGCUCACGAAGAGCCAAAAGAAGUCGACGACGCCCCAGAGGAAGUCGGGGACGAUGGACAGGCGCCACAUGGAGCGCUUCUCGACGACCCAGCGCGCCAUGCGCGCCCUGCGCCUCCUCGUCGCGUGCGUCCUCCCCGCCGUCGCGCACGCCGCGUCCGCCGUCGCCGUGCUCCUCACGACGAAACCGUCGGGCAAGAGCGACGGCUGGAACCCGCGCAGCGUGAAAGCGGCGGACUCGUCCAACGCCUGCGCCGCCGGCGUGUCGCUCUGCGCCGUGCUCGUGCUGCGCGACACGGUGCGGCGCUUCGGCAACGUGCCGGACGCCGACUUUGUGGCCAUGGUCGACGCGCCGUGUCCGGAACCGCUGAAGGCGUCGCUGGAGGCGAACGCGAUCGUCGCCGAGGAGAUGGACUUUGGGACCUACGGGAAGCUCUUCGGCGACUACCUGUUGAUGCGCAAGUUCUAUGUGUUGAAGAUGACGCGCUACGACAAGGUGCUGCUCCUCGACACGGACACGAUCGUCGUCGGGAGCCUGCGCCACCUCCUCGCGGACGAGACGACCUACCGCUGCGGCGCCGCGCUCGCCCGGGACCCGGCGGAGCACGAGCGCUGCUGGCCGGAGACGGACGCCGGCAUCUGCGAAACUGACGUCGCCAUCGCGGCGCAGCAGACCGCGGGCACGCCGAUCCUCACCGCGUUCAUGGUCGCGCUCCCGUCGAUCGACCGCUGGCGGGCCUUCGCCGCGGACCUCGAGCGCGCCUGCGGCGGCGGCGCCGUCUGCAACAAGAAGCGCGUCUACCACCUCGGCUGGGACGCGAACGCGACGACGCCGUUGCCCGAGAAGGUCUCGGAGCCGCGCAAGGAUUUCGGGCCGCACGCGUGGGCCAUGCGCCGGCGGCCCGGCGACGGCCGCAAGCGCAUGCGCCUCACGCAGUCGCCCUGGGACCAGAUGGGCGCCGGCUUCACGGACCAGGGCUUCGCCGAGUACCACUUUUCGCUCAAAACGAGGUCCGUCUACUCGCUGUCGCACCGCACGUGCAAGCUCAAGUACGUGCACUUCAACAUGCCGCCGAAGCCCUGGUUCUGCCCCGGGCGGCACUGCAAGCGCCACGAGGCCUACCGCGAGGGCGACCCCGUGGACCUCCGCUGGGGCGGCCACAAGUGCGCCAAGGACUGGUGGUGGCAGUACGUCGUCAGCCGGCCGGCGCUCGCGGCGCCGCCAAAGUCCUGCGCGGCCAAGUGCCUCGGGCUGCUGGACCGGCUCCAGCGGGAGCGGGGGGCCUUCGCGGACCCGGCCAUGGCCAACUACACGCCCGCGUGCAAGGACUGGAACCCGCGCUGGCCGCCGCUGGACCCCUCCCUCCGGCCGCCCGACGCGUUCCGCGCGUCGCUCUUCGCGCCCGCGCGCCGCGGCUUCCGCGAAAAAAAAACAGGCGCCAUGCCCCUGGUGGAGAUCAAGUCGAGCCACGCGCUGCCGACGGUCAUCGCCGCGCCGCAGCACGGCUACAGCUCCUACACGUUCUUCGAGCCGCCGCCGGGCGAGGACGAGAUCGUCUACGGCGCGCGGAAGAACAGCAAGCAGCAGGGCAGCGUCUGCUACGGGUCGUCCAUCGUCCUGCUGCUCACGCUCGCGCUCAUGACGGUGCUCAGCGCGUGCUUCUUCGUCCUCGACCGGAGCAGCCUGCUCCACGUCUGGGAGAAGUCGCGGGGCGAGGGCAGCGCGUCGGGCCACAGCAGACUGGGCAACCUGACGGACGCCGCGGGGAACUUCUCCGCGGCCGUCGUCGCGCCGAAGCUCUGA